AUGUCUAAGGAGAUCUCUAAACUUAGCAACUAUGGCAUCUCGUUCAUCAUUAUCAUUAUUGCUCCUCGAGAACAGCUUGUUUUCUCUGUGGGUUUAGGAGCUUUGAUUUUUGUCCCAGUAUUCAAGGCUCUCACAGGUUUGCCUCCAUACAUGGGGAUGCUGCUUGGACUCUGUGUGCUUUGGAUCCUUACAGAUGCUAUCCAUUACGGUGAAUCUGAAAGGCAGAAGCUAAAAGUACCACAAGCUCUCUCAAGAAUAGACACCCAAGGAGUACUAUUCUUCCUGGGAAUUCUAUUAUCCGUUAGCAGCCUGGAGGCAGCUGGGAUUCUUCGGGAAAUAGCAAACUACCUUGAUGCACACGUGCCAAGUAGUGAACUGAUUGCCAGUAGUAUUGGACUCAUAUCUGCACUAAUAGACAAUGUUCCAUUGGUUGCUGAUGGGAAUUUGAUUGCAUUUUGUGCUGGUACUGGUGGAUCCAUGUUAAUUAUUGGCUCAGCUGCUGGAGUUGCGUUCAUGGAGGAUGGAAAAGGUGGACUUCUUUUGAUUAGUGGCUUUGCUUUUGCAGGUUAUGCUGCUGGUAUUGUUCCAUAUUUAGCGCUUCAUAACCUCAACAUCUCUCUACCAACUCUAGCGGAGGUUCCUUUCCUUUCUGGUUCAUAA